AUGAUUACGUCUCUCUUAUUGAUAAAUUUACUAAUUUGGCCAACUGUAGACAUCACAUUAAUAAAAUCAGCAAUUUUGAAAAGAAAAACUAAGGUACAAGAAAGCGAGAAUAAUCAGACAUCUAAUGAACCGCAGUUCGACUGUUUAUUGGAAUUACAAAAUGAGUUACGCAAUCUUUAUUUAGCUGACAAUGUUCAAUCCGAGAAACUAACUCGUAUAAAAUUAGAGAAUUCUCCAUACUUCAGUACACAGCAAACAUGUCAAGAAAUCUGUGACAAACUACCAGUAAUACCAAUAAACAUGUCUCAUAAAUACACUCCAAUCGGUAAUCUUUCUGUUUCUAAAGAAUUGGUAACAGACUUGUAUAAAGUGAUCAGUUUAAGCAAACCACAUAUAAAAGGUGGCGGUUGGACAUAUAAAACAUCUGAUAAAUGUAAAAAUAAUGCUGGAAAAUAUAAUCAAACUGGCGUCGCUAUAGUUAUAGCAUUUCGUGAUAGAUGGGCUCAACUAACAAGUGUACUAUCAACACUAAUACCUAUGUUACGCCGUCAAAGAUUAUGUUACCGAAUAUUUGUUAUUGAAGAAGCUGGAAAUGAUUUAUUUAAUCGAGGUAUGAUUUUCAAUGUUGGUUUCAUGGAAGCUAUGAAUAGAUUUCAUUUUGAUUGUGUUAUUUUUCAUGAUGCUGACUUAGCUCCAAUAAAUGACUUGAAUCCUUAUGGAUGUGAUAAACAAACAUUCAUACAACCAAUUCAUCUUGGUGUUGGUUUAGAUAUUAGAAAUUUUCGUUUAAAUUAUCCAGAACUUAUUGGUGGUGUAUUAAAAAUGUCAAAUAAACAUUUUGUACAAGUAAAUGGACAUUCUAAUCUAUACUGGGGUUGGGGACAAGAAGAUGAUGAUUUAGAAAGACGAUUAAAACAUGAAAAAAUUAAUUAUUAUCAAAUGUCUCCAAGUAUUGCACGUUAUAAAGCACUACCUCAUGAAACACAAAAUAAAGAAGGGAAUCCGCGAAAAAUUCAUUUAAAACUUUUAUCUACAGCUGUACAACGAAUGCAUCAUGAUGGACUAUCUUCAUUAAAUUAUAAAGUAUUAAAGGUUACUGAACAUCAACUAUUUACACAUAUAUUAGUUGAUUUAGGUAAUCAACCAAAAUUUUAUAAUUGUAAUUAAUAGAAAAUGAAUCUUAUCUAUGGAUUAAUAACAAUAUGCUUAUAACAGAUAUUAUGAAAUAACCAUUAUAAUGCGAUAAUCCAAAGGAAGAUGAUGAGUCUAAAUAAAUAUUUCAUUAUAAUUACCAAUAUUGUUAAUGAACAUGGACCAUUUAAUAAGUAUAAACAUUCACUUGGUAAUUUGCUUCUAAA